AUGAGCAGCUCCAGCUCCCAGCUCUGGACCUGUGCCCGCUGUCUCCGGGCCCAGAGGCUGCGGGGUCCCUCGCUCGAUGGCGGCAGCAACUCGAUCCCUCGUCGCCCUCAUCCACGACGCCACCCGUUCAGCACCACAGCAGUCCGAUACGAUGAUGGACCUGCAGCUCCAAAGUCCGCGAAUCCGCACGCCCCCAAAAGUGCCGAGGGUCAGGAUGGCGAAGAGCAACAGGGCGCCAUGUCGCGCAGGCUGGCCGAGAUGGCCGAGGAGACGAUGGACACGGGCAGCAAGAGUGACCGCAAGUUGAUGCAAGAUGCCGGGUUUUCGGAAGAGCUGAAGAUGCAGCUGGAAGAGAGGAUUGCACAGACGAGCUUUGCGGCGCAGAAUCAACAGGCCGCGAGCCAAGUCACGAUGCCUAAUGCCGCAGGAAAGGGCACACGCGAUAUCGCGGGCGCAGAACCCUGGCGAGGCACAGAGACAAUGCACGACUCGGUGCUCCGCAUGCUCGACGACAGCCACAAGAAACUGCGAUCACCCUCGCGGGCGCCCUCCAUCGCUCCGAAAGUGAACCUGCGGCCGGCCCCCAAGAAGAACAUCUCGGCGGCGGACCGACUGGCGCGGGCACGGGACAAGACGUCCAUCUACGCCAUCAGCCAGCAGAGCGACAUGACGGAGCAAGAGCGGGAAAAGUGGCGCAGGGAGCUCAAGGACCGGUUCUCGCCCGGGGCCAGGCCGAUGCCGACGAGCAUCACAGGUCUCACGAGCCUGGCUAACGAGCGGAUCGAGGACGCCAUCGCCAGGGGGCAGUUCAAGAACAUCAGCCGCGGCAAGGGCAUCAAUGUGGAGCGCGACUACAACGCCAACUCACCCUUCCUCGACACGACCGAGUACUUUAUGAACAAGAUCAUCCAGAAGCAGGAGAUCGUCCCGCCCUGGAUCGAGAAGCAGCAGGAGCUGGUGAAAGCAGUGGCGACCUUUCGGAGCCGCCUGCGCAGCGACUGGCGCCGGCACGCCGCACGGACGAUUUCCAGCCGUGGCGGCACGGUCGAGGACCAGGUGCGCCGGGCCCAAGGGUAUGCGCUGGCUGAAGAGAGGGUCAAUCCCCGUCCGGCGCGGAGGGUGGAGAAUCUGAGCAGCAUUUCGAGCGAUGGCAGGUUGACGACUGUGAGUGUCGAGGAAAGGAUUGCCGCCGGAGUGGCCGUCGAGCCGCGAGACGAGCAAGAGCAGAUCGAAAUCAAAGUCACAGAGCAACCCGCCGAGAAUGCCCCCAUCGCCGUCGAUCUAAGCACGGAUGCGCCGCCGCCGCCGCCGCCAACAGCAGCAGAAGAAGCAGCACCUCCAGAGAUUAUAUCUACUUUGUCCGAGCAAGCACCCGCGCCCACGCCCACGCCCUCCCCAUCCCAAUCCCAAUCCCAACCCUCCCCCCCUCCAUCGUCCACCUCCGCCCAAGUCCUACCGAUGCCUUACCCCUUCCGCGACCCAACGUGGGAGAAAUCCGAACUGGCAUACCACACACUGGCGGUCGCGAACCUGAACGCCCUGACGCGCUCCUACAACCUGAUGGCGCCCAAGAUCGCCCAGAAGCCCUACUACACGCUAGACCGAGAACUGCGGCGGUGUUUUGCAGACGUGGCGCCGCAGCUGGCCGACGAGAUCCGCGAGCGCAGCACCCGGCCCCUGCCCAAGGUCCGCGUUGUCCGCCAGAAGGUCCAGGGUGGGGUGCUCGAGAAGCUUGGUGGUGAUGAGUGGAUGGGCCAUGAGGGCACGAUCCGCGACGAGAGCGGGGAGAAGAGUUAUGGGUUUAAGCAGUUCUGGCGGGAUUUGUUUGGUGGGGCGCAGAAGCAGAGUCUAGGCGGGAGAGGGAAGAGGCAUCUUGUUUGA